AUGGAACCACAAAACGACACACAGAUUUUGGAAUUCCUUCUUCUGGGAUUUUCAGAGGACCCAGAACUGCAGCCCCUCAUCUUUGGCCUUUUCCUGUCCAUGUACCUGGUCACUGUGCUGGGAAACCUCCUCAUCAUCCUGGCCACCAUCUCAGACUCCCACCUGCACACGCCCAUGUACUUCUUCCUCUCCAACCUGUCCUUUGUGGACAUCUGCUUCACCUCCACCACCAUCCCCAAGAUGCUGGUGAACAUCCAGACCCAGAGAAAGGCCAUAAGGUAUGAAGGCUGCAUCAUACAAAUUUAUUUUUUCACAUUACUUGUAGGGUUGGACAACUUCCUUUUGACCGUGAUGGCCUAUGACCGGUAUGUGGCCAUCUGUCACCCCCUGCACUACAUGAUCAUCAUGAAGCCCCAGUUCUGUGUGUUGCUGGUUCUGGCAUCCUGGAUCACAAGUGCCCUAAAUUCUUUACUGCAGAGCUUAAUGGUGUUGAAACUAUCCUUCUGCACAGACAUGGAAAUCCCCCACUUUUUCUGUGAACCUAAUCAGUUGGUUCACCUUGCCUGUUCUGACACUUUCUUAAAUAAUAUGAUGCUCUAUUUUGUAGCUGGGUUGCUGGGUGGUGGAUCUCUUGCUGGUAUCCUUUACUCUUAUGCUAAGAUAGUGUCCUCCAUCCGUGCAAUCUCAUCAGCUCAGGGCAGGUACAAAGCCUUCUCCACCUGUGCAUCUCACCUGUCUGUGGUCUCCUUAUUUUAUUGCACACUCCUGGGAGUGUACCUCAGUUCUGCCGUGAUCCAGAAUGCACACUCCAGUGCAACAGCCUCCGUGAUGUACAGUGUGGUCACCCCCAUGCUGAACCCCUUCAUCUACAGUCUGAGGAAUAAAGACAUCAAGAGCGUUCUGAAAACACUCUUUGAGAGAGAAACUCUAAAAACUCUUGCAUCUUAA